UGCUACCUGGCUUACCAUUAAACAGAAUAGAGAAGAAGGGGUUCUUGACAGCAUAUGAGUUCUACCAUGAUAUCUUUGAGUAUUUAUACGAUUACUGGUAGGUCCUCUCUCAUUCAGAGAGACGUUUUGUAGUGUCUUUGGCCUAGCUGUGUCAUCUUUGUCAUUUAGAACUACUAGCUUACUGUGGAUGGGUAGCUAGUUAGCUCAAAGCAGCUAACACCAGCUAACAGUUACUCCUACUGUCCUAAAAGAUGGACUCAAGUGUCUUCAUGGCCGUUUCAAAAGAUGAGCCUUUACCUCUUGCGUCACUGCGCCUCCUGGUCCCACCUUUACAACUUAUGGCCGCCUCUAUGUGGCAUAUUUUGAAGAAACAAGAUGUCAUGAACUACUGGAAACUGGCAGAGUUUGUCUCUUUGGUGAUGGACAUGGUCCCAGAGCUACUAGUGUGCACGCACAGGAUGCAACUCAACCUGGGGUUAAGAGCAAGGUAUAUUCUAGAGCUGUGUCGAAGUGAACCGUUUACGGAUCCUGACUUCAUCUUGUCUCAUCUGGACCAGAUUAAAUCACCACACCCCACUCUGGUGAAAGAAUCACAAGAGGAGGAAGUGGUGGUUAACUUUCUUGAGUUGGUCCAGACUCUGCUCAAAGAUCCCAAAGAGAGACAACAAUUUUUCUCGGAGGUAUUCCCUGCUGAGUAUGGACCUCAGUAUGACAGUGAUUUGGAUAUGCUGUUUUCAGAGUUCCUUUGUCGACUGGCUCAGCUGUUGCCAGUUCCUGACCUCAAACAGACUAUUUCCUGGCUUGGAGCCGAAUGCUAUUUCUUGGAGGAUUGGGUGCAUUCAGUCGCUGAGCCUACAUACCUGAUAAAAUUGCUCCAGCACCAUAAACACCUUGGCCAUUUAGAGCUGCAUGUUCCACCUUCCAGUAUGGGCAACGGCAUCCUGUCCUCCCUCUCUGCAAUUCCCCCCAGUAGAGUGGCAAAACCUACAGAACAGCAUGCCCAAUCAGAGCCACUGCACGGCCUCAGUGAUGACAAGCACACUGCAUCAUUCGUGAAUGACGAAGCAGUUGAAAUAAUCACAGUGACGGAUUACGCAGAGGUUGAAUUGGACACAAGCGAUGACAUCAAGGUGUUGAUGGGAGAAAACAGCUUUGAAGGAACAGACACUAGCAUGGUGCCUGAAGAUUCGCUGGUAGUGCUUCCUCUAGAGACAAUGGAAGAAGAAAUGGCCGAAGAAGGGGAAAAGGCAACACUACAAAAACAUUUAAGCGGUUUGGAAAACUCAAUCCAUUCAGAGGUCAACAACAACGUCCUAGCACUUUCCCAACAAAAAUGUUCUGUUGGACUUCAUGACUGCCCAGACUGCGAGAAGAAAUUUAAAUUUGCCUCUUCGCUAAUCGCCCACAGGGUCAUCCACACCGGUGAACGCCCCCACCGGUGCAAUGACUGCGGUCGCUGCUUUUCUUUCAGGCAGUCUCUUGACAGACACAGACACACGCACAAAACUGGACACAAGUACAGCUGCCGGAUCUGCAUGGAGACCUUCCACUCUUUGUCAGCCCGCACAGAGCACAAGCAGACACACAUGGAAGACGGUGUUUACAUGUGUAAUCAAUGCAACAAGACCUUUAACUGGGAGCUGGCCCUUGCAAGGCACCUGAAAACUCACACUGAUGAUCACAAUGCAAACAAGCUGACCGAGAGCCAUAAUGAUGGGCAGGAGGUGGUUUUAGCUAAUGAAAAUGUAGGUGUGAAUCCCAUUGCACCUGCUGAACCCAACACCCAUCCUGAUCCAGAGAACGCAGAGGUUGAGAGCAGUGAGCCUCCCACCUCUGAGCCUGAAGGCACGGUCCCUGAACUUGACAUUGAAGUUGUUUCCCCAGUGAAGGUCCGCACAAGUGGCCGCAAACGCAAACCAACCAUGAAGAUCCGGGUGAUACAUUUACAAAAGCACAUGGCUACUAAAAGAAGGACGGAUGUCACCAGGGCUAACCCCCCAGACCUGAAGCCUUUCAGUUGUGCUGAGCACUCUUAUGGGUCGUCCAUGGUCUCAUCACAGGACGGUGAUAAAAGUUUUGUAGCAGAUGGCUUAUCGACUGCUUUCCGCUGUCCUAAAUGCUCCUUUCAGCACACAGAAGAAGCAAAGGUCCAGCAGCACAUUGACAAGGUCCACUCUGUUGAGGCUGAGGAUGACGAGAUGUCCUUUCAGCCCCUUCCAGAUGAAGAGGGACGUUUUAGUUGUGCAGACUGUGAGAAGAGCUUCAAGUUCCAGUCCUUACUGAAAGCCCACCAGCGCAUCCACACAGGCGAGCAGCCCUUCUUGUGUUCUCAAUGCGGGCGGCGGUUCUCCUUCAAACAGUCACUGGAGAGGCACAGGCAGACGCACAAGUCCGGGCGCAUGUAUGAGUGCCCGAUUUGCGGGGAGGUCUUUAAGUCGCUGGUGGCUCAGAGGGAGCACAAGAGCACCCACAUGGAGAACGGCGAGUAUCUGUGUUCAGAGUGUGGCCGGACGUUUGCCUGGAAGUCUGCACUGGUGAGACACCUCAAGACGCACGGCGAGGAUGCUGACAAAGUGCAGCGCUCUUACAAAUGCCCUCGCUGUGACCUGGCCUUCAGAUGUGCAAGCUACCUUAACAGGCACCUCCAAACUCACCAGGAAGAAAGAGUGCACACGUGCAACUGCGGAAAGAGCUUCGCCUACCGUGCAGCUCUCACUGCACAUCAGCGCAUCCAUCAAAAGGAGCGGCCGCACAUAUGCACACAGUGUGGCAAGGGAUUCCUCUACAAUGGUGGUUUGCUGAGCCACAUGAAGAUCCACUCAGAGGAAAUGCCCUUCAUGUGUUCUUUCUGUGGCAAAAGCUUCAAGAGGGAACGUAACAUGAAGAAGCACGAGCGCUGCCACACCAGGGAGAAUGUUUUCAGCUGCUCGCAGUGUGACAAGAGUUUUGUCUACAAGGCGACGUUGAUAAGACACGAGCUGACUCAUUCAGGCGAGCGGCCAUUCCUCUGCUCUGACUGUGGGAAAGGCUUCUUUUCCCACGCGGAGCUUCUGAAGCACGAACGUUUCCACACGGGCCACAAGCCCUUUCAGUGCCCCCACUGCGGCAAGAGUUUCACUCAGUCGUGCUACCUGACCAUACAUCUGCGCUACCACACCGGAGUCCGGCCGUACUCAUGCACCGAUUGUGACAAGAGCUUCCUCAGUGCCAACCGGCUAAAGAGACACCAGCGAACACAUUCUGGGGAAAAACCAUACCUUUGUGGGGAGUGUGGGAAGGGAUUCAGACAGCCAUACAAUCUCAAAAUGCAUCAACGGACACAUAGCAUGAAGGUAACAUAGUCACGGUUUUUAAUUUAAGAUUCAUGUUUUGAACGAGUAAAUAGUUGGCGAUUAUAGGUUAUAAAGUAACUACAUACAUUGUGACUGUGUUGUUGUUUUUGUUGCAUUGUGAUGUAGCUUAUCUGUCCAAUCAUCUUGAGUCAGUCUUAAAAUAAUGAACAGAAUAAAGUUUUGCAUAAAUCCA